UUCGCCCCCUCCUCCUCGUCGGGUCCUUCGUUUCUGAACUCGCGUGCCUCUCGACUCGACCCGUCCCCCGAAAUAUCCACCAAAAAGAAAAGAAAAGAAAAGAACAUUCUUCUUCUCCGCCUCGGCUCGAAGGCUUGAAGCUGCAGGCCCGCCCCCCUGCGAAGUCUCCAAACGCCGCCCGCGCCGAUCCGGAGACCCCCCAGCUCUCAACCCCUCGCCCCGUGGAUCUGCGGGGCCACGGCGAUGGUGGAGCCGGAGCAGCGCCCGCUGCUCGAGGUAGAGCAAUGUGUCACAUCUAUACCAGAAGAUCAUGAAGCCACAUGUUGGGGCUGUGGGCUCCGGCUUGUUUUUGCAAGUUAUUCACCUGUCUAUAAGUGUGGCUGGUGCGGAGCAAUUACACAAAGCAACCAGACUGCGAGAAAACCUGAUAGUAUAUGUUUUUCCCACUGGAGGCGAUUACGUGACAGGUUCUUUGUGACUGUGCUCGUGUUCUUCAUGCUCUUUGUUAUAUGUGGUGGUGUCUGGGCGGUAUAUCCAAUUGUUUUCUCAAUCAGCAAAUUUUGUGGUAUCCUUCACUGCAUGGUAACAGCUAUGUUGGCUGUAUUUACCAUCUCAAGUUAUUGUUUGGCCUCUUUUAAGUCUGCUGGUGCACCGACAAACAUACGAUGGGGCAGCUAUCCCAUGGUUGGGAAAAAUGAUCUUGAGAACUAUACAUUUUGUACAUACUGCAAUAAACCAAAGCCCCCGAGAGCACAUCACUGCCGAUCUUGUAAAAUGUGUGUGGUGGACAUGGAUCAUCAUUGCCCAUUUAUUGGCAACUGUGUGGGAGCAUCGAAUCAUCAAUUUUUUGUAAUUUUUCUGAUCUCUGUGGUUAUUAGUUGUGCUUAUGCUGCUGGAAUGACCAUAUAUGCGAGCUAUCAGAUGUGGCCCUCUGUCGAUUUCCCAAACCUAGCAUCAUCUCAUCAAUCAAUGAGUUAUAUGAAAAUAUUGUUGGAAAUUAUUACUACAGUAGCAGGCUCUGCAUUCUUCUUAUCCGCAAGGGGUCUAGUUCUGGUAUAUCUAGCAUUCGCUAGUUUAUCAGUCAAUGCCGGUAUUAGUGUAUUACUGUGCCAGCAGCUUAGUUAUAUUUAUGAAGGAAAUACAUAUCUCAACCAUUUAAGUUCACCAAAUGCCAUGCAUGGAGAGAGGGGGUUGCAGAACAUUGUUAGAUUUUUUGGGUGCCCCUAUCUAAUUUCCAGAGUUUUUUUGCGAUAUUCGAACGCUGGCAAGUUGCAGGAUAAUUCAGGUUCAAAACUUCUUUAGAGGUUUUGGUGCUUUACUCUAUGUUGCAGUGAUUAUGACUCGUAUGGAACUAUUUGCAGUCAAGAUGGUUCUGUUACCCAUAGAAUUGUGAAUCUCAGUUGACCACCAUUAAGUUAGUUUGUAUAACUGAAGUUGUUCAGGAACACAAUACUCAUGAUUAUCCAUAUUCUGGAGCUAGCAUUAGUUAUUUAGUGGAUGUUUCUCUCACAUUGAUUUACCAGAACCAUUUUGGCGGAUGCUACAGUAGCAUGCGGCCUGCAUAUUAUUGCCCUGCAGACAAUCAUAAGGCGCUGAUGGUCUUGCAAUAAAUUGCGAUAUCUGAAAUUCUGCGGAUCAUCACUAUCUUUUUCGAUGAAUUGAAGAUCGCGGCUUCACGCUUGGUUGCUCCAGAAGAAAUGGACAUCAGGAUUGAAUUUGGCAGUGGCUUGAAUGACGCUGGAGGUCGAGAGAAAAAAAAACAUGGACCACGUGUCCACGUCCUUUUGAUGUCAAUACACUGACAUGUGCAGGAAAACAACCCCACAGUUGUUUUUGUAACAUUCACUCUGAACUAGACAUCGUAAAUUGGUCUUCUAACCAUGUAGAUGCGUGUGGUACAUCUAUUUUCCACCUGUUCUUCUGCCAUUAUGUACUGGUGGCAUACAAAUUCAUCUGGGAUUUGGGCCUGGUUGACCAACAGGAAGUGGCUCUUAUAUUCAGUUUGCUCUUCCAACCA